AUGAGGGCCAACAGCUUCAUCGUGGUCAUCCUGGCCGCCUGCCUGGCGGGGAUGGCGGCCGCGCAGAUCCCAGACAUAGUUCCCAUCACUGUGCAGGAAGCCCUGGGUCCGCUCGCGGAGGUGCCCGCGCUGGAGGACUCGGCCCCUGCAGUCGAAGUACCGCCCGCCGUGGUCGGUGCCCUGCCCGGCACCGGGCCGGAGAGCGAGCCGGUGGCAGAGCCCGUGGCGGAGCCAGAGAGUGAGCCUGCAGUGGAGCCGGCAGCCGAGCCAGAGAGCGAGCCGGUGGUGGAGCCGGAGAGCGAGACUCCCCUGGAGCCCGCGACGGAGACCACAGCCCCCGGCGCAGCCGUCAUACCCGUGAUCCCCCUCCCCUCUCCUGUCCCUGUCGCGGAGGUCCCCAACCUCACAGCACCCAGCCUUGAUGAUGUGGUGCCUGAAGUCGAGGCAGACACGCCCGAGACUGAGGACCUGGCGGGCAUCGUCCCGGAGGUGAUCGCCCCUGGGCUCGAGAGCGCGCUCGGCCCCGACACGGAGUUCCCGCUCGUGAACGAGGAGCUGGAGGGUGACUUCAUCUACCUGGAGGUUGCCUCGGGCGGCACGCCGUUCGAGCAGGUCCUGUACUUCCUGAACAGCUACCGGCCCAUCGCCCAGGCCUUCAUCAACGCGCAGCGCGUGGAGCGCACCUCCGCCGUGGACCCGCCGGGCUGGAACCUGACCCACUACGGCGAGGCGCUGGACCUCAGCGCCCCAGUGCGAGUGGAUCUGUACGACGCCGCGGGCAACAAGGUGUUCACCCCCCUGCCGGCACUGACCUCCCGCUCCUUGGGCACCCAGUUUGGCGUGGCGCCCAGGGGCAGCGCCGCCGGGUACUACCCGGCCGGCAGCUUCCCCCCGCUGUCGCCCGGCCCCGGAGCGUGA